AUGAUUGAAGAAGUCAAGGAUCCUGAAAAACGUAUUGACAGACCUGUUUUUUAUCUUCCUCACCAUGCAGUAUUCAAGCAAAAAAGUGUUUAUACUAAAUGUAGGAUAGUUUUUGAUGCUAGUUCAAACGACGUUGGACAACUGUUACUAAAUGACUGUCUUUGGUCUGGUAUAAACUUGAACCCGCAUAUUUUUCAACUGUUGAUUUACUUUAGAAUUAACAAGAUUGCUAUGUUAUCUGAUAUAGAGCGUGCGUUUUUGCAAAUAUCGCUAAACGAAUUUGAUAGAGAUGUGGUUAGAUUCCUUUUUGUGAAACAUGAUCCUAAUAAGAAUGACAAUGUAGAAGUAGUAGUUUAUCGUUUUUUACGUCUGACAUUCGGAAUAAAUGUGAGCCCUUUUUUGUUGUCUGCAACCAUUAAAGAACACAUCAAAAAGUACGAAGAAGCCUAUCCCGUUACUACUAAAGUACUCAAUACCUGUUUUUACGUUGAUGACCUUGUUACUGGUGCAGACAGUAUAAAUGAUGCUUUAAAAAUUUCUAUUGAAGCAAAUAACAUAAUGAAAAAAGCUAGUAUGAAUCUACGCAAAUGGAUUUCGAAUGAUAAAGUGUUGAUGAAAAUGUGGGAAGAACGAGAAUUUAAUAUAUUACCGAGUGAUUUUGUAAAUAACUGUAACGAACCAUGUAAGGUUCUCGAACUGCCGUGGGACAUUAAGGAAGAUACUUUCGCUAUAGAAGUAAAGGAUUUGCUUGAAUUUAUCAAGACCGGAAAGAAUACAAAACGAUUUGUGCUGCAAGUAGCUGGUAGAAUAUUUGAUCCUCUAGGAUUUGUGACACAUACACCAUCAGAAUUAAGUGCCUGUUUCAAGAAUUAUGGAUUCGAAAAAUUUUCUGGGACAAACGUCCUUGAUUGUGCAGAACUUUCAAGUUGUGACAUAGCAUACGUCAUAGCCGGGGUGUGGCAUACCUUUUCGGACGCCAGUCCUAAAGCUUACGGUGCCGUCGUGUUUGUACUGAUACGAUCUGAUGACAAAGUAAUUAUGAACUUUCUUACAUCUAAAAGCCGCGUGACUCCGUUAAAGAAGAUUACUCUUCCACGAAUGGAGUUGCUAGGAGCUUUACUUGCUGCUAGAUUAGCAAAUGAAGUUGCAAAUGUGUUGAAGCGGAAAAUAUCCCCUCCUAUGUACUUUUGGACAGAUUCUCAAAUAGCACUAUACUGGAUAAGAGGUUCAGCUUUGAAGUGGAAAACCUUCGUCUGCAACCGUGUGAAGGAAAUUCAGGAACUUACAGACCCCGAUAAAUGGUUUAUUUAUAAUUGUAAAAAUCCAAAGUCCAAGAAAAUAGGUCCUUUGUCUAUUGAUGAAUCUGCUAAUGCAGAAAAUUGGUUAAUACGUUCUCUCCAGGAAGCUGCUGUGCCAGCCUUCGACUACGUUGUUAGUUCGAGCACCAUUGGUAUCGAAAUGAUUCCAUAUAGAGCUGCAUGA